AUGCAUCCUCCUGGACCCGGAACAUAUGUGGGCGUGGUCGCAGUCCGCUUGCAUCAUUCAUUGUGCGGCAGGACUGCGGCCGCGAGAGAGGGGACCGACCAGGUAUACACGCUCCGAGCGCUCGGAUCGCUUGCUGUCUUCAUGGCGUGCAGAGAGCUGUGGCCACAUGCUGGGGCAGCCCUGUCGCUCACUUAUAAAAGUGACCGGGCUGCUAAUAUUAAAAUGGGCGGCACUUGGUCCCGAUCCCCACUAGGAUCUGCGGCUUCACGGCUGUCUGUCCUGGCGGAAGGGGCCUUGGACUCCACUACAUUGCAUAUUAAAGGGCCGCAUGCGCUAAGCGGGGAGGGAGAAAGAAACAGACAGUCCUGA